AGGAAUUGGUAUUAAAAAAAAAACAACAACAGUCAUCUUUAAAUAGACUUUUUCGUACCUCAGUCCACAUAACAGAACUUUUAAGAUACGCUUGUCCUUUAGUAAAAUAAUUCAUUUUUGGCACUGUAAUGUAGUAGGGGGAGUAGUUUCUGGGGUCUGUAGAUCAGAGGUUUCUCACUUGUGAAUAGGGAUGAUGACACCUAUUUGGGAGGCUUAUGUGCCUGGCACCCUACCUGGCCACAGAAUAUGAAUUCAAAUAUCUCUCUCCUGUCUUGGUGCUGUGUCUGGAUCCCAAAUAUAGGCUGUGGGACCCUUCUCAUAUUGGAUCAAAAUGAAUCUGGGCUUAGACUUUUUAGAAGCUUUGACUGGAACGAUGGUUUGUUUGACGUGACCUGGAGUGAGAACAAUGAACAUAUCUUGGUCACUUGUAGUGGCGAUGGCUCGCUGCAGCUCUGGGACACUGCCAAAGCCACAGGGCCACUGCAAGUCUACAAGGAACACACUCAGGAGGUCUAUAGUGUUGAUUGGAGCCAAACCAGAGGUGAACAGCUUGUAGUGUCUGGCUCAUGGGAUCAAACUGUCAAAUUGUGGGAUCCAACUGUUGGAAAGUCUUUGUGCACCUUUAGAGGCCAUGAAAGUGUCAUUUAUAGCACAAUCUGGUCUCCUCACAUCCCAGGUUGCUUUGCUUCAGCCUCAGGUGAUCAGACUCUGAGAAUUUGGGAUGUGAAGUCAACAGGAGUCAGAAUUGUGGUUCCAGCACAUCAGGCAGAAAUUUUGAGCUGUGACUGGUGUAAAUACAAUGAGAAUCUGCUGGUGACGGGGGCAGUUGAUUGUAGUUUGAGAGGCUGGGACCUGAGGAAUGUACGGCAACCCGUGUUUGAACUUCUUGGUCAUACCUAUGCUAUUAGGAGAGUGAAAUUUUCACCAUUUCAUGCUUCCGUUCUGGCCUCUUGCUCCUAUGAUUUUACUGUAAGAUUCUGGAACUUUUCAAAGCCUGACCCUCUUCUUGAAACAGUGGAACAUCAUACGGAGUUUACUUGUGGUUUAGAUUUAAGUCUUCAGAGUCCUACUCAGGUGGCUGAUUGUGCUUGGGAUGAAACAAUAAAGAUAUAUGAUCCUGUUUGCCUUACUAUGCCUGCUUGAGAUGCACUCCCCCAGUCAUAAGCAAAGGAGACUGGCUGAGAGCUACUUAAUAGGAAAUAAAUUAACUACCCAUAACCUAGAUAUUAUGCUUUUAUGUGCUAUUCAGAUUUCAAAUUUUUGAAAAUGUACCCUGAAAUCAGUUUUGAUGCAGUUGAUAAAGACUGCGGUUCACUAUUUAAGCCUGGUACAUAAGCGAUAUUUCUUAAAACAGUCCUAAGAAAUGAUGUUAUAGUACCUCUUGUAAUGUCUAUUAAAAUGUAAUCUCUGUAUUGUAAAAUGGAUUAAAAUAUGGAAGAUCUGUAGAUUAUAUUGAUAGUGACAUAUUUUAUUUUUAAUUUGUCAUUUUUGAUGUAAAAUAUAAUCACUGCUGUUGGUAAAAAUUAAAAUAAACUACAUUUCUCAAUUACUUAUGA